CUCCCGCGGUGCUGGAGCCUCCCCGAAGGGCGCCGCCCCCGCCGGGUCCCAUGGACCGCCCAAGGGCUGAGGAGUGCGGGCGCGCGGCGCAGUAGUGGCGGGCAGCUCCACCUGCUGCGGGGCGCGGGAUCCGAUAGACAAAGCUAGCUAGACUCCUCCGUGGAGUGGGGUCUUGGAGAACUUUUAUGUCUAGCUAAAGGAUUGUCAAUGCACCAAUCAGCACUCUGUCAAAACGGACCAAUCAAUGCUCUGUAAAACGGACCAAUUAGCUCCCUGUAAAAUGGGCCAAUCAGCAGGAUGUGGGUGGGGUCAGAUAACGGAAUAAAAGCGGGCAGCCGGAACGCACUGCGGCAACCUGAUUCUAUUCUCUUCUCCACUGUGGAAAGUUUGUUCUUUUGCUCUUAGCAAUACAUCUUGCUGCUGAGUCUGGGUCCGCGCCGCUUUUGUGAGCUGUAACUCUCACCAGGGAGGUCUGCAGCGAAGGUCUGCAGCUUUGCUCUUGAGGCCAGCCAGACCACGAGCCCACCGGAGAGAACGAACAGCUCCAGACGCGCUGUCUCUGAGAGGUGUAAGUAACACUCACCACUAAGGUGUGAAUUGAAGCCAGCGAGACUAGGAACCCACGGGAAGGAAUGAAUAACUCCAGAGGCGUCACCUUGAAGAGCUGUAACACUCACUGCGAGAGUCCGCGGCUUCAUUCCUAAAGUCAGCGAGACCACAAACCCACCAGAAGGAAGAAACUCCAGACGCAUCUGAACAUCUGAAGGAACAAACUCCAGGUACGCCAUGUUUAAGAACUGUAACACUCACUGCGGGGGUCCGCAGCUUCAUUCUUGACAUCAGCGAGACCAAUAACCCACCAAUUCCAGACACACUGCGUCCGGUGCUGCAGGGGGAAAUGCACAGACUCAAAACUGCCAGCUUUGUUCUGAUUGGGAGCUCUGCCUGCCUGACACGCGGCCUGGGCUGAGAAGAGUGGGGCGGUUCACAGGGAGAGUCCCGCGGAGCAGGAGUGCUGUGCGAUGAUAAUGAAAAACAAGAACCGUCUGCCAAAGAGCUGUGCUGCGCUCAAAUGGGGUCUGAAAUAAGGAAUGGGGUCUGAGCUGCCUUGUUCCUUGGCCCUGUUUAAUGGCGAAGCACCUUCUCGGCAGGAGGGCAGGGCUCCCGGGUCCUAGGAGACCCCUUGGUGGGACAGGAGGGCUGGGUGAGCUCCACAGGAGCUCUGUCCACUCCUUCCGCUGUGAGGGUGGCUUUUGCUUCUGGGGCUUCGGGUCGCUGUCGUCUUUGAUGUUGCUGUCCCGUUCACCAGCGAGGGUCUCUGGAGCUGAGAGCUGUCCAGGCUGAAUGCCCAGUGGGCAGUGUGAGGCCAGGAGCACACUGUGUGGGCCCAGCAGGUGCCUUGCAGUGGAGAUUCCCCUCAGUCCUGCUGGCCAGGGGCCUACCCGGUCUCCCUUGGGGCUGUGCCAUCCCUGUGCUUCAGAUUUACUGGGGGGCUGCUUCUCCCUGGUCCUGAUCCCCUCCACUCCCUCAGUCAGCGACCUGGGACCAGGUCAUGAUGGAGCACUGGGCGUUGCAGAGGGGCCAUCCCAGGGCUUCGGUGCCAAGGUGGGACCUGUGGCCAUGGGACAUUGGAGGGUCCAUCAGGCCCUCAGAAACUUUGCCACCUGCAGGUGCGAGAGGGUCCCGUUCUGGCAGUGGGGUCUGGCCCUGGGGUUUCCUAAACAGGAGUGGGGUUUAAUGACAACAGUCUCCAGGGACUCUGGGCAGGAUUGAAGGCUGUGAUGGCAGCCGGCCCGGGGUGGAGGGUGCUCCCCCUGGACAGGACUUGGGCGUAAAGGUUCUGAAGAGCCCAGUGGCAGUACACCCAGCUGAGCCUGCGGAGGCCAGGGUAUCCGCAUGGGAAUCUGCCCAUGGAGAGAAGACCAGGGACCCCCAGGGUUGCCCAGCAUGCACGCCCACCUGCAGGGCCUGGGACAGCUCCUGUCGCCAGCUGAGAGAUGCCUGAAUACUGCUGAGUGCCUUGGCCCCCACCCCCCAACCUGUUUCCCAAUCAGCUUGUAACACGGUGUGCUCCUCACAGCUCCCUGGAUGCCAGUGCCCCGAGGGCAUGGAAGGAAGGGGUUGGUGAGAGGCGUCUGAGCCAGCAUGGCCCCUGCCAGGGGCAUCCUGCAGUCACAGCAUGUUGGACUCCUGGGCAGUGUCUCCAGGGGUAGAGGGAGAAGCUCCCACCCAGGCCCCAGGCCUCCAAAUCACCAGGGAACCCACUGUCAUCCCUGAACAGGGAGUUCUCCAGGGCACGAGCGUCGGCCCCUGCCAGGCAGAAGCACGCAGGGCUCCUGGGAACCUGAGUUAACAGAAGGUUUGGGUUGAAUGUGUGGUGUGCGUGCCUGAUGCUCCCAGCCUGGUCACUUCCUGAGGAAUGCUUGCCCUCGGGUUCUGGUGGAAUCCAAUUGGCUGCCAUCACAGAGUCUUUCUCCGCAGAGACAGGUUCUCCCUCGGGCUGUGCCUGCAUGAGGCCAUCGGGUGCGAGGGAGAUGGGGAGGGGGCUGUACCCCUUCAAGGAUGAGGAGACUGAGGCGCAAGCAACUGUCCCACCAUGGGCACCUGCCUGCGAGCGAGCUCUGGGGGUCAGCGGAUGCAGCUGGAGAAGCUGCUGGUGGCUUCUCCAGAGCAGGUGGAGCUGUCAGAGGUCACGCCCUGGCCUGGUCCAGCCCAGCACAACCCAGGGGGCCUGCAGGACACUUGUGACCAGGACAGAGGUUCUCAGGGAGGCCAGAGCCUGAGCAGGGCCGAGGGCUGGCUCUGAGGUCUCAGGCCCCAGGGAGUGGUGAUGAGCUGAGAGGGUUGGUAGCUCCCACUGAGUCCGUGGCUCCUGCCUCGAGACCUCUGACCCGGCAUUGCUGAUGAUGUGAGCACGGCCUGUCCACCAGCCUCCUCUGCCAGCAAGGCUCAGCCACCCCACAGCCAUCCACGUGGAGAGCAGUCGUGUAGGCUCUGUCGGCGCCACCCCCGCGUGGGCGUGGGCAGUGAACAAGGGAGCACCCAGGCUGGUGCUACCUUUAAAACAGCAGCUGGCCCUAGUGAGAGAGACCCCAGGCCCUAGUUACAGACUCCAGGCCCAGGGGGCAGACCCCUGGCCGUAGUGACAGACCCCAGGCCCUAGUUACAGGCUCCCGGCCCAAGGGGCAGACCCCUGGCCGUAGUGACAGACCCCAGGCCGUAGUUACAGGCUCCAGGCUCAAGGGCAGACCCCUGGCCCUAGUGACAGACCCCAGGCCCUAGUUACAGGCUCCAGGCCCAAGGGGCAGACCCCUGGCCCUAGUGACAGACCCCAGAUCCUAGUAACAGGCUCCAGGCUCAAGGGACAGGUCCCGGCCCUAGUGACUGACAGACCCCUGGUCCUGGUGAGCACCCCCUGGCCCAAGUGCGAGACCCCUGUUCCUAGUGACAGAGCCCUGGUCGGUCCUAGUGCCUGGCCCCGCUUACUGAUGCCACAUGGACACCCGGGUUUCCAGCCCCUGGACAGCUCCAUGAUCAGAGGCUGGGGCUGCUGUUUCCCCAGCCCUGUCAAUUCUGUUCUGGCAGGUUUUCUGUAAGUUUGGCUUUGGGCAGUCCAGCGUCCAGUCUGAAGGCAUUUCCCAGGAGAUUCAUUCUGACAAAUGGUGCCCAGGUGAUUUUUCGUGGGGCCUCUUGGGAACAGGGACAGCCCGUGGGGUUGGGGCAAAGGUGGCCUGGGGUGUCUGGGACGAAGCCCCGCCUAGGUGGCCGAGUCCUUGGAGCUGGUGACACACCUGGGACAGGCAUUCCCUGGCCAGCAAGGACGCUUCGUUCCCUAGGACAGCCACCCUCUGGGGUCUGCCUUUGUCUGCCCCACUCUGGGGUCUGUGGUGCCACCUCUGCCCUCAUCUUCUGUCCUCUCCAAGCCUGUUUUGAAGAUGCCAGUUGGACAACACAGUCUUGCCCACACCCAUGGGUGAGCCCGUAGGCACUGUCCUCCUGACUGCCUGGGGAUGUGCUGCAGGUGUGUGGGAGUGGGGUGGGCUCAGUCUCCAAGCAGGUCCUGGCCCUGGGGGUUGGGGCGUGAGUGGGGUGGGCUCAGCCUCCAAGCAGUUCCUGGCCGGGCCCCACUUGGGCUCCCAUGGGGUUUGGCCAGGGAAGGGGCAUGUGCUGUGAGCAGGCACCUGGGUCGGGGCAGGGCUGGGCACGUCCCUCCUACCAGGGAGGUCCCGGCCAGUGGGAGAGGGUGCAGGUGCACACCUGGAUGCAAGCCACAGGCCUGGGAGCACAGGGCACAGCUGAGAUGGUGGGCACAGGCCUGGGAGUGCAGAGCCACCCCCUGGAGGUUCAGGGCACACACGUGGAGAUGCUGGGUACACACCUGGGAGCUUGUCCUUUGACCCCAGGUGAGCAGUUUGUCUUCCUGGAGUCUCUUCUGCUACACAACCUUCUUUUCCCUCAUGGUGAAAGAGCAGAGCCUCUGGGGGAAACGGUGUGAGGGUCUGCGCCCAGGGCUCAGGUGCGCUGUACCCAGAAAAUGGGAAAGUGGAGGACACCUGUCCAAGGAGAAGCAGCUGGCACAGCUGCAUGCCAUGCUCGGUGGAGAACGCCAAGGUAGAGGCGCUCGCCCAGGCUCGUUGUCCGUCUGACACCUCCUCAUUCUCUUAAAACUAAAUGUAUUCUUAUUACCGUCAUUGUGGAAACAGCACGUGGGUCUAAUGAAGUGAUCCAGACAGUGCAUCUCCCAUCUCCUCUACUCCUGCUCCGUGUUUGUGGCCCGUGUCCUGCUCCUCCAGACCCAGCAGCAGCCUGGCUGUCUUCCCACAGUGGCAUGUCGCACCUAAUUCAUUCUGUCAUUUUUAGUUUAAAAACCUUUUAAAAAAUAUUUUAUUAAACUAAUGCAUGUUUGAGGUAAAACACAAGAACCUAGAACAGUGAAGCUCGGAUGGGCUCUGAGGCGAGUCCCCAUGUGAGACCCCUCAGCACACAGCCCACGCAGAGGCGGGCUUUGGAAGCAUUUCUGGCAGCUGGCGUCUGAGGUCAGCACUGCUCCACCCCUUGGUGCAGAAAGGCCAGGGCUGAGUUGGGACGGGUUCCACUUUUCCCUCCUGAACUGCGAGGGCCUGGUUCUCAGCCCUCCCAAGCACCCAUGGACUCACUCCCGUGUGACGGCCAUGGGUUCCUGCAUCUACUCCUUCUUCUCGGCUGUUGAUGGCUGUCACCCUCGUCUUCCUGGGAAGCCCAGUCACCAAGCACUUCUGCAGGGUGCGUGGCCACGUCUCUGAGCUCACACCCACUGCAGGUGGCCUUGCUCCCCUCAGCCUGAGUGGGACAGUGGACAUGGGUAUCCAAGUCCCAGCCUGAAGCAUUUUUCCUCAGAACAUUUGAAGCCAGUGUCUGUCUUCAGUAGAUCUGGCGAUGGCCUGACCCCUGUUCCUUUCUGCCCCUGGGCCUUGGGUGUGGCCUGUGUGUUCUCGCCAUCUGCACUGCUGCCUCCUGGCUGCGCUGCUGCUGGGACCUCCUGCACGGCCCCAUCCUCCACUUCUCCACCUCUGCUGGGUCCCUCCCGUGCAGACAGCUGCAUGGACACUGCUCCUGCCGGCCCUUUCUCCCUCAGCCACUCACACCAUCUGCUAAUGGGACAGCUCACUCUUCCCUCCAAACCAUGGCCUUGGCUCAAGAGCUUCCUUGUUUCUGGAAUGUUCUUUCCUCCAGCUCCAGGUGUUGGAAUUCUGCCUGGUCUGGGUCUCCUAUUGAAGGACGCCCUCCACUGGGAAGGAUCCUCUUGCCUUCACCACUUGUCUUCACCAACCCCUGCUCCCCUCUUCCUCUUGGGGCUGUUGUGGUUGUUGAUACUUUUUUUUUGUUGUGUUUGACACACUCCUUGUUCUCACCCUCUAACACAGUUCUCAACCACAGCACUUUCAUCCCUGGAGAUGUUUGGCAGUGUCCAGAGGCGUGUUGAUGGUCCCACUGGGGUUGGGGGUGCUGCUGGCACCAGAUGGUAGGGAGAUGCCAGGGGUGCUGCUCCACACCCUAUGGGACACUGCACAGUACACCUGGCCUGCGUCCCCCACAGCGAGAGCUGGCCCUGGGCAGGCGUGGUCCCUGCGGUGUGUGUUGGUUGGGAUCCUCCACAGUGACAGACAAUGUGCUCUGCCCACGUUUCCACAGAGCUCUUUUGCUUAUGGAGCUCACCCCUUUGCAGAGAGCUCAUUUCCCUGUGGUCUUUGGCCUGCAGAAGUAAAAUGAGGGGUGGCCAAUUGCACCCCUGCUGGUUACACAUGGAAAACUCAGGAGCGAGAAUUUUGUGGAGAGCAAGUGAGUCACCUUUCUCUCCAGUGCCACUACUGCGCUUUCGAUGCAGAAUAAUUCAGUAUUUGGCGACUUGAAGUCGGAUGAGAUGGAGCUGCUCUACUCAGCCUACGGAGAUGAGACAGGCGUGCAGUGUGCGCUGAGAUGGACACUCGCUCCGGGAGCCAGUGUUCCAUCACCCCAGAAGCCAUACUCAACAAUGAAGAGCUGGUCUUGCCACCCCGCAUCUCCAGAGUGAACGGCUGGUCGUUACCCCUGCACUACUUCCAGGUGGUGACUUGGGCUGUCUUCGUGGGCCUUUCCUUGGCCACCUUCAGGAUCUUCAUUCCCCUCCUGCCUCCCGCAUGGAAAUACAUCGCCUACGUGGUGACCGGGGGGAUCUUCUCCUUCCACCUCGUCAUCCACCUGAUUGCCUCCUGCAUCGACCCGGCCGACUCCAAUGUCAGACUCAUGAAGAACUAUUCUCAGCCCAUGCCCAUCUUCGACAGAUCAAAACAUGCACACGUGAUCCAGAAUCAGUUCUGCCACCUGUGCAAGGUCACCGUGCCUCAACACCCUCCCCCAGCCUCCCAUUCCCUGCUGGACGCCCUCUCCCCAGGCCACACAGGGCUGGUUCCUCCGAGGCACCUGGCUUCCAGUGAUGGACCUCUGGCCCUGCCCCAACCUGUGCACUUGGGGCCUGACAGGUGUUCCCCAAUUCAUCCCUCCGGGAACAAGAAAACCAAACACUGCAUUUCCUGCAAUAAGUGCGUGUCUGGCUUCGACCACCACUGCAAAUGGAUCAACAACUGCGUGGGAAGCCAGAAUUAUUGGUUCUUCUUCAGCACUGUGGCCUCGGCCACAGCUGGCAUGCUCUGCCUGAUCGCCAUCCUGCUGUACGUCCUCGUCCAGUACCUUGUGAACCCCAGGGUGCUCCGCACGGACCCCAAGUAUGAAGAUGUCAAGAAUAUGAACACGUGGCUGCUGUUCCUCCCUCUGUUCCCGGUGCAGGUGCAGACCCUGAUAGUCGUGAUCAUCGGGAUGCUCGUGCUCCUGCUGGACUUUCUUGGCUUGGUGCACCUGGGCCAGCUGCUCAUCUUCCACAUCUACCUGAAGGCCAAGAAGAUGACCACCUUUGAGUAUCUAAUUAAUACCCGCAAAGAAGAGACUUCAAAACAUCAAGCAGUGAGGAAAGAUCCAUACUUGCAAAUGGACAAAGGAUUUCUCCAGCAAGGAGACGGCGCCCUGGGCUCAUCUGCACAGGGAGUCAAGGCCAAGAGCUCCCUGCUGAUUCACAAGCACUUAUGUCACUUCUGCACUUCAGUAAACCAGGAUGGGGAUUCGACGGCACGGGAAGCAGAUGAUGCCCCGAGUACAUCUACACCUGGGCUGCAACAAGAAACAACAGAGCCCAUGAAAACUGACAGUGCUGAAAGUGAAGACUGAGAUUCAGGAGCUGAGGUGCCCCUGUGAUCCAGGUCUUCCACCCUGAAACCCCAUCCUCCAUCAAGGUCCUGCCUGUAGAGUCUACCUUGCAAAGCCUCCUGUUCCUACCCAUGCUACAGGCCAGGAACCAGAGCCCAUCAUCUCAGAGGCCCCUGGAUGUCCUUUGAAGGAACCAGGACCCUCAGAGCCCAGCAUCCAUCUCUGUCAUCAUCUUCAUCACACCCAAAGAAGAGCCAGCCUUGCAGGAGGGUUUACAUCUCCAGGAUGAUGGGCUGCCAGCAGCUGCAGAGGAUGCAGCCACCUGCUUAACUGUGCUGUCCAGCCAGCCAGCCAGCUGCAGGGCCUCUUGCUGCUUAAGAGCUGAUGGGCUGGGCGUGUUGGCUCACACCUGUGAGCACAGUACUGAGAAAUGGGAGCACAGUACUGGGAAAUGGGAGCACAGUACUAGGAAAUGGGGGCUCACAGCACUGCAAAAUGGGAGCACAGUAUUGGGAAAUGGGAGCACAGUACUGGGAAAUGGGAGCACAGUACUGGGAAGUGGGAGCACAGUACUGAGAAGUGGGAGCACAGUACUGGGAAAUGGGAGAACAGUACUGUGAAAUGGGAGCACAGUACUGUGAAAUGGGCAUACGGUACUGAGAAAUGGGAGCACACAGUACUGGGAAAUGGGAGCAUAGUACUGGGAAAUGGGAGCCCACAGUACUGGGAAACGGGAGCUCACAGUACUGGGAAAUAGGAGCACAGUACUGGGAAAUGGGAGCAUAGUACUGGGAAAUGGGAGCACAGUACUGGGAAAUGGGAGGAUAGUACUGGGAAACCCCAGACCUGGAUUCUGAGUUUUUCAGCCUAGCCCAGACUUCUUAUCUUAGUAGACAAAAAGAGUCAAUACCAGAGAACCAGAGGCAUCCUCUGUAUUUUAAUGAACUCUGCAUUUUAGUCUGUUUAGUAGUCAUAUUUUAAAAGAUAAUCAGUUUUCCACAUAUAUCUAUAAGUUACUACGUGCAUUGGGCUGUUUUUGUGUUUCUGUAAAGAAAUACCUGAGGCUGGGUAAUUUAUUUAAAAACAUAGGUUAAACUGGCUCACAGUUGUGCAGGCUGUACAGGAAGCAUGGUGCUGGCAUCUGCUUGGCUUCCGGUGAGGCCUCAGGAAGCUUCCGUCAUGGCUGAAGGUGGGGUGAGAGCCAACACAUCAUGUAGUGAGAGCAGGAGCAAGAGAGAGUGGUGGGGUUGAGGGACGCCAACAUCUUUAAAUGACCAGAUUUCAAGUGAACUACCAGAGCAAGGACUCACUCAUCACCAAGGGGAUGGCACUAGACUAUUUAUGAGGAACCUGCUCCCAUGAUUCAAACACCUCCCACCAGGCCCCACCUCCAACACUGGGGACUACAUCUCAACAUGGGAUUUGGAGGGGACAAACCUCCAAGCUAUAUCAUUCCAUCCCUGGUCCCUCAAAUCUCAUGUCCAGCUCACCUUGCAACAUAUAAUCAUCCCUUCUCAAUAGUCCCUGAAAGUCUAAACUCAUUCCAGGAUCAACUCAAUCAAAAAUGCCAAGUCCAAAGUCUCAUCUGGAGAUGAGUUCCUUUCACCUACGAGCCUGUGAGAUCAAAAACAAGUGAUUUACUUCCCAGAUACAAUGGAUACAAUGAUGGUACAGGCACUGGGUAAACAUACCUAUUCCAAAAGGAAGAAAUUGGCCAAAAGAAAGAGGCUACAGGCCCCAAGGAAGUCUGAAACUCAGCAGGGCAGACAUUAAACCUUAAAGUUCCAAAAUAAUCUCCUCUGACUCCGUGAGGCACACUGGUGUGAGGCGUGGGCUCCCAGGGCUUUGUACAACUCCACCCCUGUGGCUUUGCAGGUUGUAGCCCCUGCAGCCAAUCUCCUGGGUUAGAGUUGAGUACUUGUGGCUUUUCCAGGCUGAGGUUGCAAGCUGCCAGUAGAUCAAACAUUCUGGGGUCUGGAGGGCAUAAGCCCUCUGCCGACAGCUCCACUAGGUAGUGCCCUGGUGGGGAGUCUGUGUGGGGCUCCAACCCUACAUCUCCUCUCAGCAUUGCCCUCAUAGGGUAUCUCUGUGAGGGCUCUGCUGCUGCAGCAGGCUUCUGCCUGGGCACCCAGGUUUUCCCACACAUCCUCUGUAAUCUAGGGGGAAGCUGCCAAUGCCCCUUCACUCUUGUGUUCUGUGUUCCUGCAGAUUUCACACCACUUGGGAGCCAGCAAGGCUUACCCUCUAGAGCAGCAGUCCACACUGUACCUGGAGACUGUUGAACCACCACUGUAGCUGAAGAAGUUGGGAUACAGGGACCAGUGUCCCGAGGCUGCACAGGGCAUCAGGGUCCUAGUCCUGGCCCAUUAAGCCAUUCUUUUCUCCUAGGCCUCUGGGCCUGUGAUGGGAGGGGCUGCUGUGAAGAUCUUUGAAAUGUCUUCAAGGUCUUUUUCCCAUUGUCUUGGAUAUUAGCACUUGGCUCCCUUUUAGCCACGCAAAUCUCUCUAGUAAGUGGUUGUUCUGCAGCCUGUUUGGAUUCCUCUCCUGAAAACAUUUUUUUCUUUGUCUACCAUGUGGCUAAGCUGCAAAUUUUCCAAACUUUUACAGCCUGCUUCCUUUUAGUAUAAAUUCCAACUUUAAGUCAUUCAUUUGCUCCCCUAUCUGAUGAUAGGUUGUUGGAAGCAGCCAUGCCACCUCUUGAAUGUUUAGCUGCUUAGAAAUAUCUUCUGCCAGAUACCCUAGGUUAUGAUUCUUAAGUUCAAACUUCCACAGAUCACUAGGACACAAAUAUAAUGUAGCCAAGCUCUUUGCCAAGGCACACAAGGGUGACCUUUGCUCCAGUUCCCAAUAACUUCCUCAUUUCCAUCUGAGAUCUUGUCAGCCUGGCCUUCAUUAUCCAUAUUUCUAUCUGCAUUUUGGUUCCAACCACUUAUUAAGUCACUAAGUUCCAAACUUUCUCUCAUCUUUCUGUCUUCUUCUGAGCCCUCUAAAGUCUUCCAACCUCUGCUCAUUACCCAGUUCCAAAGCUGCUACCACAGUUUCAGGUAUCUUUAUAGCAAUGUCCUGCUCCUCAGUGCCAAUUUUCUGAAUGAACCCAUUUUUGCAUUGCUAUAAAGAAAUACCUGAACCUGGGUAAUUUCUGACAAAAGGCCUGAAUCCACAGGUACAUGAGGAGUAAUUCAUGACAAGCUGCACAAAUAAAAAUAAGAAAUCCAGGCCUAAAUACAUUGUAGGGUAAGGUGGAACACAAAAGAAAAUGUAACUUUAAAAAGCAGAAAGAAACAACAAAUCAUCCACAGAAGAAAUGCAGUUAGACAGCAGAUGUAUUAAUCAUAAGAACAGUAGCUAGGUAAAUAAUACUCACAAAGUGUGACAAAAAAAAAAAACAACUUUUGAUCUGGAAUUAUGUACCCAGCAACACUAUCUUUAGGAAAAAGAGCAAAUUAAUCACAUUUUCAGAUAAAUCAAAGCCAAGUUUACCACCAACAAUCCUACACUAAUGGGACUUCAAAAAAGAUGUAUUUAUUGAGGGAAAAUGCAUAAAGCAAACACAGAGCCCACAGGGAAUAAUUUUUAAAAAUUCACUAUGACUUGUGGAAGUUUUCAAUGCAACUCUCAAUUACUGUUAGGUCAAUCAUAUUUUUAAAAUAAUAAAAACAGAUUUGGACAACACCAUUAACAGGCUUGAAUUAUGGGAUAUCUGUGGAA